AUUUUGUCUCUGAAAACAGGGGAGGGCGCAUGGGACAGGAAAGCAAUAACUGGGAAUGCUUACAUUAGGAGGCUGGGCAAAUACUUGGAAUUCCGCUUCCGUUCAGAGGGAGUAAACUUUCAGUAGAUAGCAUUCCGACCUGAAGGUCUGAGAUAUUAUUGCUGUUUUGAUUUAGCGAAGCGUCGUAGCCUGUAAUCUUAUCGAUGGCUUCUUCGCCGCAGAAAUCUCCUUCUUCUCCAAAAUCACCGACUCCAAAAUCUCCACAAUCAAGAAAGAAAGAUGACUCAUUUCUGGGAAAACUUGGAGGAACUUUGGCAAGAAGGAAAAAGGCAAAGGAAGUGUCUGAGCUUCAGGAGGAGGGGAUGAAUGCCAUCAACCUGCCCCUCAGCCCCAUUCCCUUUGAGAUCGACCCUGAGGACACCAUGCUAGAGGAAAAUGAAGUCCGCACCAUGGUUGACCCCAACUCCAGAAAUGACCCCAAACUGCAGGAGCUGCUGAAGGUGCUCAUAGACUGGAUCAACGAUGUGCUGGUUGGGGAGAGGAUCAUUGUCAAGGACCUGGCGGAAGAUCUCUACGACGGGCAGGUUCUCCAGAAGCUCUUUGAAAAGCUGGAGGGGGAGAAGCUGAACGUUGCCGAGGUAACGCAGUCGGAGAUCGCCCAGAAGCAGAAGCUCCAGACGGUGCUGGAGAAGAUCAAUGAAACCCUGCGCGUCUCGCCCAGGAACGUAAAAUGGAACGUGGACUGUGAGUGUCCGGAUAGCCUCCCCAAGCAUUGGACACUGUGCUUUAGCCAUAGCUUAGCUUCGGUACCUUCUAGUGUACAGCAGUGUGAACAUGGGAUUCUUCACCCCCCCCCCAUCAGACUCCCAGAUCACGUGUCCAUUCAGGUUGUGGUGGUCCAGAAGCGUGAGGGAAUUCUGCAGUCCCGGCAAGUCCAAGAGGAGAUCACCGGAAACACUGAGGCUUUCUCAGGAAGACAUGAGCGGGAUGCCUUUGACACCUUGUUUGACCACGCACCCGACAAGCUCAACGUUGUGAAGAAGACGCUGAUCACCUUCGUGAACAAGCACUUAAACAAGCUGAAUCUUGAGGUGUCUGAACUGGACACACAGUUUGCAGAUGGGGUGUAUCUGGUGCUGCUGAUGGGACUGCUGGAAGGGUACUUUGUGCCCCUCUACAACUUCUUCCUCACCCCUGAAAACUUUGAGCAAAAGGUGCACAACGUGUCCUUCUCCUUUGAGCUGAUGCAGGACGGGGGACUGGAGAAACCCAAACCCAGGCCUGAGGAUAUUGUGAACUGCGACCUGAAGUCAACACUGAGGGUGCUCUACAACCUUUUUACCAAAUACAGGAAUGUGGAUUAAAAGGAUGUGAUGGAUGCCUUUGUUUCCAGGACAACGGGGCCUGUCACUCUGUUGCUCCUGACUUCACAUCCUGAUUGGCUGGCAGACAGACGCUGGGCUGCAGGAGUGGAGCACAGUUACUAUGCAUCUUUCUAGACCUCCUGUCGCCAUUUGCCAUUUGGCACAAUAUCCAAACAUCAUUAUCUUCUGAUUGUUACCCAGUCGGGAAUUUUCUCAUUUCCAAAAAAAAACAAAAAACUUUUUAAAGGAUAGUUUUAAUUAUAAAAAUCAAAACUACCCUCCCUCCCCCCCCCCAAAAAAAAGCAGGUAGCGGGAGAGGCGGGUGUGUCUGGUCAGAAUUUGUCAGCAGCAGGUUUGCAUUAUAGCAGUGCUUUUUUUUGCAUUCGCACUGAAAUACAUCCCUCCAUCCAUGAAAAAUCCUACUGACAUGUAUUUGUAUUAAAAACACUGGCUGGCUUAGCUGGUCAAGUGUUCUGUUUAGACUCAGCCACCUCUCACACCUGCCAUUUGUAAGAUUCAGAUUUAUAGUUCAAGAAGGUACUUUUAUAUCAAAAUCAUGUAUUUUAAAGAAUAUAUAUUACUUCUGUAUCACAAUCAGAGGAAUACAUUAUUGACCCUUGUGGGGGAAACCUGUUGGAACACCUAAUAUUGAAUUAUUGAAAGUAUCUACAUACAGAAGUUUUACGUUUCAUUAGGUUAAAAACAGAGAUGCAUUUAUUGAUUGAAAUAUUCCAAAAAGGGUACAGUUAGGCUUUUGCUUAUAGCCGAUUACUAGGCAGCUGUGAAACUAAAUUGCUAUUAACUGCAUUACACAGUUGUACUAUUCUUUGUUUUUACAGACUUUAUCACAGAUAGCUUUUAAGCGGUCUUCAGUCAUUAAAGGUUUUUCCCGUUGGCUGAAUGACACACAUUGCACCACUGCACCACAACAAAAGCAUCCAUUCCAGGCAUAAAACCUGACAUUAGACAAAAGAAAAAUCUAAAUGGCAAGCAGCUCUGUGAUUAUUAAAUAUUAAAAAGUCUUCUGUAAUUAAUGGUGCCAUCAUUAACUGAUUAAAGUAUGACAGAAAAACUGGUAUAGCAGACAGAAUUCCCUGUCAACUCUCAAUAUGACUUUACCCUUGUGAGGUGAGGCUUGUUUUGCAGAAAUGAUGUAUCACUAGGCAGUACCAGUGUGAUAUCAGGUGUAAUAAUCAGAUUACAGCUUUGCAGAUAUUUUUUGCUGUUAAGUAUUCACUGCUAUUGUGUGCACUCUUAUUUUGUCACAAUGUGUUCUCCGGGUUAUUUUGUCUACUGUAUGUAAGAGGAAAUGUCAAGCAAAAGUAUCCGUACCAUUUCCUUUUUGGAUUACAAAGUGUGUCGCACGAGUGUCAACGAGGCUGUCUGUAUUUCUCUGCCUUUUUUUUUUGUUUGUUUUGUUUUUCUAUUCAUAUUCUCACCAUGUGUAAAUUUUCAGGGGGGUUUCCUUUAAACUGUCUUGAUUUAUUUGUGAAAAAAACAUUCUGAAGAACACUAAAGGUCACCAAAUACUGAAAUAGUCUUAAAUGCUGAAAUGAGUAUUAAAAGACAGGAGUCUAUUCAUCUGUGUCAUGCAGUGGGUAUAAACCCAGUCAAGUUGUUGAAUUAUGAAAACCACAGUCAUUCCAUUGGCACAUUAUGGAGUGAAUGCUGAUAUUUGAGGUAUGUGCAUUGUUCACCAAGCGUUAAAACACCGAGCACUCAAGGAAUGAUAAAGACUAAACAGGCUUUAGUGCAGCAGUGCUUGUAGUACAGCUGACGUUAUAUGUGUUGGUGCUGAUUAGUGUUAGUUUGGAUUGCAGGAUGGGUGAACGCGUAAAAGUCUGAAAUCCUCCGAACCUAGAUUGAGUGAGAAUGUGAAAACCUUCAACAGAGCACACUUGUUAAAUAGAUCUGUCUGAAUCAAUGUACGGGUUAAUAAUGUUUUGCAUAACUUUUAUUACACAUGCUUUGACUGAACUGUGCUUUGAUUGUAAUGGUUUUCUCCAUUGCAUCCAACCUCCAUUGCAGGUUGAAUAAAUGAUACACCUACUUUC